GACUCUUUGAAGGUCAAGGUACUAGAAAUUGUCAAUCCGUCAUCCUUCCAACUCUGGGGAUCCAGGCGCUCGAGGUAAGAAGAGGAAUGGCCAGCCCUCCCACUCCAGGGCAGCCGGUUCUCCCCGCUGGCUCCAAUCUCAACCACAACAACAACAACAACAGCAGCAGCGUCAAAAAAUGCGGCUACCUGAGGAAGCAGAAGCAUGGUCACAAGCGUUUCUUCGUGCUGAAGGAGCCCGUGGAGGGGUGCCCCACUGCCAGGCUCGAGUACUACGAGAGCGAGAAGAAGUGGAGGAGCAAGUCGGCGGCGGCCAAAAGGGUCAUCUCCCUGGACAGCUGCCUGAACAUCAACAAACGGGCAGACGCUAAAAACAAGUACCUGAUCGCCCUUUACACCCGCGAUGAGUACUUUGCGGUGGCAGCAGAGACUGAGCAAGAGCAGGAGAGCUGGUACCGGGCUCUCACCGAGCUGCUGGGCAGCGGUAGAGGCGAAAAAGACAGAAAUGGGUGCACAGGUACAGGAGGAACCUGCUGUUCUGGAACGGCCAGCUGUGGUACUAAUUGUAGCGGUCACCUGGCAUUGGUUGAGGACCCAAAUUACGGACUAAUAACGCCAGCCAACGCAGCCUACAGGGAGGUGUGGCAAGUCAACUUGAAGCCAAGGGGCCUGGGCCAGAUUAAAAGUUUGAUCGGCGUGCAUCGGCUGUGCUUGUCCGCACGAAGUAUCAGCUUUGUGCGCCUGAAUAGUGAAACUCCUUCGGUGACCCUUCAAUUAAUGAACAUCCGCCGCUGCGGUCACUCGGACAAUUACUUUUUCGUGGAGGUGGGUCGCUCGGCUUCCACUGGACCUGGAGAGAUCUGGAUGCAGGUUGACGAUAAUGUGGUAGCCCAGAGCAUCCAUGAGACAAUUUUAGAGGCCAUGAAGGCUAUGAAGGAGUUAGCUGAAUUCCGGCCUCGCAGCAAAAGCCAGUCUUCAAGUUCCAACCCCAUUAGCGUACCGGGGAGACGGCAUCAUUCGCAGCUGCCGCCAAGUCAGACCGGGUUGGCCAGGAGAACCCGCACUGACUUUCCCCCAACUUCGUCAAGUGUUCCUGUAAAUCAGUCUUCUCGUCUCCGCACUGCUAGCGAAGGAGAUAAUUUAAGCAACAAGAUGGUCUUAAGUAGUCCUUUGAGUCCAAGUAUUCUUCGUACUCCAUUAAGUCGUUCCCAUACAUUGAGUUUAGGUGGUCGAAAUGGGAAACUGUUUCCUGCUCCUGGUCCCCUUCAACACAGCAGGUCUAUGUCCAUGCCAGUUCCACAUUCUCCACCAUCUGCUGCCAGUCCAGUUAGCAUCUCCUCUGGGAGCAGUGGCCAUGGCUCUGCUUGUGACCCCCUAGUUCCUCCACGUCCUUCCAGCUGUAAUGCAUCUGCAUCUGGGUCACCUAGUGACCCAGGUUUUAUGUCUUUGGAUGAAUAUAGUUCCAGUCCAGGGGACCUAGCCCGAGCAUAUUUAAGUUGCCGUAGUGGCACUCCAGAUUCAGUUUCUGGUACUCCACCACACACGGGAGACAUGAAUGGGUACAUGUCAAUGGAUAGACCUUUCUCUGGUGAUUGCCAAUGCCUUGCCCGACGCAUGGAAUGUUCAGCAAUAGAGAAGUGCCCCAGGAAGAGAACCUACUCUUUAACUACUCCUGGAAGACAAAAAGUUGCAACUCCUCAACUUUCCUCUGCUUCCCUUGAUGAAUCAACCCUUGUGCGUGCCACAUAUAAGGGUAGCUCUAGUCUUCUCUCAUCAUCUCCUAAAACAUGCCAUCCUUAUCCAGAGGACUAUGCGGAUGUAGAAAUUGGACGUCAGGAGGAUGAUGGGUACAUGCCCAUGAAUCAUGGAGCUGUUACUGUUUCCUCUUCCACAGAUUAUGUUCCUAUGAGCCCAGCAAGUGUGUCUGCGCCUCAGCAAAUUCUACAGCCACGCACUUGCAUCAGUGGCAGUACUCAGGAAUAUUCACCGGAUGGUUAUAUGCCAAUGUGCUGUGGGUCUAAAACAAGGCCAGUAUCUGUACAUCAUACGCUAUCUCCUGCAGAGCCACUGUCCUUUACACCUCCUGAUUAUUUCUUCAUGCAGCCUAAAAAUUGCAGUUGCCGGAGUCAUUCAACAGCACCUCAACAUAAUAGCCCAGCAGUUGUUGAGCCUUAUGUCUUAAUGAGGUCCCCAGCUUCCUCUUCUCCACAUGGUCGAAUUGCUCGACCUUCUCGCCUUGCACUUCGCACUCUGCCAAGCAUGAGUGAGCAUCCACCAGAACCCCCAAGCCCUCCAGGUGGAGAAUAUAUCCACAUAUAUUUUGGAGAGGCAAGAUCUCAAGAUUCCUUGCCUUUGCCUCCACAAACUGUCCAUUCAGACUCUGCACCACUGUCUGCUGCAGGCAGUCCAUCUUCCUCAUCUUCUGGGUCUGGGCCUCAACCCUCCCCAAUUUCGGACUAUAUGAACUUGGACUUUGGACCUACUUCACCAAAACCGAAAGCCUCAGCUAGCCUAUGCCCAAAUUCAGACUAUACAGAAAUGAGCCCAAGGAAGACCUCACCACAGCCAUCUUCUUCCAUGGCAUCUUCACCUACAGCUGCAAAAUUACCUAUAGAAAGUACAGUUAAUGGGGUACAGUGCCUCACGGUACUCAUGGACAAGAUGAAUGGGGCAUUUAGCCUGCACAGUCCUCCACCAGAUCCAGAUAGGGGGGCUAAGGUCAUCCGAGCAGAUCCACAAGGGGGACGCCGGCGCCACAGUUCAGAGACUUUUUCAUCCACCACCCAAGUGACUCCUGUAUCACCUUCCUUUGCACAUAGUCCCAAGAGGCACAGCUCAGCCUCUGUGGAGAAUGUGUCUCUGAGGCCUGGAGAAACAUUGGAAGUUGGUGAAUGUGGCAGCCCCAUGUGCAGGGAAACCUCAGCGGGAUUCCAGAAUGGACUUAACUACAUUGCCAUUGACUUGUCACCUGAAGAUCGAAACCUGUUGCUGCUAUCACAAGCCUCUUCCAGAGGACACUUGCCUGCGCUGGGACUUGCCAGUUUGAACAUUGGGUCCUAUCCAAGCAUUGACUUCCUGGGUCAUGGAAUCAAGGGUGCCACCACUGUCAGAGAGUGAAGGUACUGGUCCCAAACUUUAAUACACUAAAGAAAAGAUCCUUGGGCCUAUUUUGUGACCAGAUGCUGCUAAAGUCUCCCUCUUUCCGCUAGUGUGGUCUGAUUGGUUUCCGCUCAGGUAUAAAUUGUGGAGGAUGCGUGCCAGACAGCUACCAAGACAGACUUGAUCUAUUUGGAUGGCAUUAUUUACAGUCUAUCAUUUUCAUUUUGGACAUUAUGAAAAACCCCACCAACAUACAAGGAAUGACGAGGCCUUCAACUUUUCUUAUUUAUUCUUCUGUAGGCUGGGACGUCACCUAAGACAGUAACAUUACCCAAAUUGUGAGACAAAGGUACUGUUAGCCCUACCUCAUGAAUCAAAGAAAAUAAUAAAUUAAGGGAUGGUAAUGUGUUUGAUUUUCAUUGUGCAAUGAUGUUACUGAAGAAGUGUUCGGCCUUAUUCUACAUUUGAAAGAACAUUUGUUUAUUGAAUCAAAAUUAUUGGCUGUGCAGUUUACUUGGAAACCUCAUGACACCAAGUGACAUGGCAACUCUAACAUAAUGCAGUCGUGCACGUUUGCAUUUUCUCUUUUUAGAUGUGGACCAAAAAUGUGACUGACUUGUUUUAUUCUCUUAAGCUGUUAGACGCAUGAACUACACGGUUACAUAGAGCUUCAUUUGACUCCUUACAGUUUGAUUCAGCAGAUUACUGUAUCUACACAAGCCACAGGCUGAGACUGGUGAUUUUUUUUUUUUCUGUUUGCUUUUUAUUACUGACAUUCAAAAUGUAUGUACGUUUUUAACAAGAGAUUUUACGUGUUGAUACAAUAUUACUACUAUUGACAUGUAUUGAAAACUUAUGUUUUUAGGUAUUUUUUUAAGGUACUUUUAAUUUUAACGUUGAUUGUAUUACACGCACACACAACUGCAUUGUGCUUAACCAAAAAAUGUCACCUUAUGGAAUAUUCAUCCUAAGUAAUGUGCUGUAACAACACUGCAGUUAAUAGGCUAGCCUUACGGUACAGCUCUUCCUGGCUGAGCAGUUGCUCUAGUAAUGUUCCCUGAGUGCCAUGUGCCCCUUUGAGGUGGAAAUUUUAAUUUUUCAAGCCUAAUCAUUGAAAGUAUACCAGAAAGAUUGCACGGCACUCAGCUCCAUGUUACCCAACUCAUGUGUUGGUGGGAGGGUCUUGAAGAUGCAAGAGUUUUGCAAAAUGAUCACAAUUGGAAUGAGCAGAGCAGGGCCCUAAAAUGUCCUGGUUUUAGAUUUCAAACUGUUGGGGGAUAUGUUUAACAUUACGAAGUUAC